AUGGAUAUCGACGACGACGAUGAUUUUUAUGUGCCAGAUGAGCCAAAGACCGAGACCGCAGCUCCAGAGGAUAAGAAGCCAAAAGCAGAUGAUUUAGAAGAAGGCGAAGAAGAGGACGAGGGUGCUGCUAUGGAUGAGGAUGAUGACUCUGAUGAGGAUGACUCGGACAUCGACAUCAUCACAGAGCGCAGAGAUGGCACAAAACCAGCACCACCACAACAGUCCAAAUAUAGUGACAUUCGAAACAUCCCCCAAAGAACAGCUUCAAGCGAUGUGCCAACACAACCUGCGCCAGCACGGAAGGACUCCGAAUCACGACCAUCGGUUAACGUUGCUGCGCCAAGCGCCGACAAGACAUCUGCUGCAGCAUCUAAAUCAACAAUCGACGUCAACGUAAACCCGAUUCACCCUGGGACGGGAAAGUCUAUCACCCAGGUCAACAUUGACGAAGACCUCCCAGACAGCGACAAGCCAUGGCGGAAACCCGGCACCGAUAUCAGCGACUACUUCAACUACGGCUUCGAUGAGUUUACAUGGGCGCUUUACGCUUCCAAGCAAGAGACCGUUCGGGGAGAAUUCGGAGCCGAUGUCUUUGCCCAAAACAACAAGAAGAUGAUGGAAGACUUCAACAUGAUGAUGAUGGGGGGUAUGGGUAUGCCAGGAGCCGGCAACGCGGGUGCUCAGCAAGGGGGAAUGCCUGGUGGAAUGGACGGUAUGCCUCCUGAAAUGCAGGCCAUGAUGCAGCAGAUGAUGGCAUCAGGUAUGGACCCGAGCCAAAUGGAUCCCAGUCAGAUGAACGCCAUGUUCUCUGGUAUGCAAAAUGCUGGAGGAGCGGGUGCACAAGGAGCACAGGGUGGCCAAGGGGGUAACUUUGGCGGUGGUUUCGGUGGCAAUCAAGGUGGUUUUGGGUAUGAUCAAAAUAUGUCUGGAGGCGGAGGCGGAGGCGGCGGCCGGGGAGGAUUCGGCGGUCGCGGACGUCGUGGGAGAUGGUAA